AGUACAGUGUCGACACGCUCCAACAAUUAUUUAUAGUGUUUGCAAAUCCAUUUUGUCUUUGACAUGGGCUGAAUUGUUCGCCAUGAUCAAGUGACACUACCAACAUUAUCAACAGUCCACGUGAAUAUAUAUAUAUAUAUAUAUAUAUAUUGUAUAUAACACGACUUGGUGUUCUACUUAGCGGAAAUUAGCAGCAAUAGUGUAUCGACAGAUACGUUACACUUAAGAGAACCAGGGAUAUGACCAACGUCUUGAAAUGGGGAGUAAGACCUGUUUACUAGAAAAUGACUGAACUGAAACCAACGAAAAGCGGCGGAGAGCAGAACCUCACGGUUGCUCUCCGGAUCCGCCCAAUGGGUGAGGAUGAGAUUGUGAGUGGUGCUAGUCCCAUCGCUUACAAGGUGGAAAACAGCAUGAUUGUGCUGCUGGACCCAUCUGACGACCCUGAUGACAUCUUGCGAGCCAAUCGGUCAAGAGAGAAACAAUUUGUCUUUGAUACAACCUUUGAUGGGCCAUGUUCUCAGGAAAGUGUCUACAAAGCGACUACAAAAUUCCUCAUCCCAAAUGUCAUCACAGGUUAUAAUGCCACUGUGUUUGCUUAUGGGGCGACUGGUGCUGGGAAAACCUACACCAUGUUGGGUACAGACUCACAACCAGGCAUCAUGGUUCGAACUCUUAAUGACUUGUUUCUCGAGAUGGACAAGACCAGUGGAGAGAUGACUUACAAAGUUACCAUGGCCUAUCUUGAGAUAUAUAAUGAGAUGAUCAGGGAUUUGCUGAACCCUUCAUCUGGUAUCCUUGACCUUAGAGAGGAUUCCCGUGGCAACGUGCAAGUUGCAGGGCUGUCUGAGGUCACAGCAGGGUCAACCGAAGAAGUCAUGAAGAUGUUGACUAAAGGAAACCUGGAGAGAACUCAGGAACCGACGGCAGCUAACAAGACAUCAUCGCGGUCACACGCCAUCCUGCAGGUGAUCGUGAAGCAGAGGAACCGGGUGCGUAACACGAUGCAGGAAGUGCGCACCGGGAAACUAUACCUCAUUGACCUGGCAGGCUCCGAGAGGGCAGCCAACACAAUGAACAGAGGGAAGCGCAUGGUGGAAGGGGCUCACAUAAACCGAUCUCUGCUAGCUCUGGGAAACUGCAUCAAUGCACUCAGUGACAAGAAUGGUCCACGGUACGUGAACUACCGAGACAGCAAGCUGACCCGGCUGUUGAAGGAUGCUCUGGGAGGAAACUGUAAGACUGUGAUGAUCGCGCACAUCAGCCCGUCCAGCCUCCAUUUUGAAGAGUCGCGCAAUACACUUGUGUAUGCUGACAGAGCAAAACAAAUCAGAACAAAGGUCCGCCGAAAUGUGAUAGAUGUAUCCUACCACAUAGCACAGUACUCCAACAUUAUUACAGAACUCCGAGAAGAAAUUCAACGACUUCGUGUGAAGCUGAAUGACCAGUCACCGACACCGAAACCUCACGGUGUAGCCAACAUCCAGGCUGUGCAAUCUGAAGUGAUGGGUGCCAAGCGAGAAUCUAACCGACAGGAGAUGAACGCCCUGAAGGAACAACUUUUUGUCUGUUUUAAAGAUCAGAUGGAGCUAAGACGGAGUUUGAUGGAACUGAACAAUGCAAGCAUGGAGAUCAGUCUGGAGACGAACCGAAACCAGCUGCUCAUCAGCGAAUGGGAGGUGGAAAAGGCUCGAGCCACGAAGAACCGGGAAAACACUCAAGUCACUGAUUUUGGAGAUAGCGAGAUGGAGAAGGGAAGCCUGGAGAGUCAGUCACACCCCGAGGAGAUUCGGGUGGCCAGGGAGGAGUUGAAAGUCUUACACGACGAGAAACACAAGACGGAGAAACUCAGGAUGACGGUCAAGAAAGAACUCGAAGUAGCCCGACAGAAAACAACUAAAGUGGAAGAGCAAAUCCCGCACCGCAUCAGCAAUCAGAACCAGCAGGAGAUUCUGCAGCUGCUGUGUCGUGUGCAUCAGCUGGAGAUCGAGAACCUGGAGGCGAAGUCGAUCAGUCUGCUGAAAGACUUCCAGAUCAAGAAGAAGGACAUGGUGAUCACCCGCUUCAAGCACCAUCGCAACCUCUGUGACGACAUCAUCAAGCAGCAGCAGCAGAUUAUUGAAGAACACAGGAUUCUACUACCGAAGGAUCUGGAAGAGCUGUAUGAAGUUUACAAACUGGAGAGGGACGACAAAAUUCUCAACUGGGAGGAACCCGGAACAGUCAUCUCAUCCAAGUUAUCAGGAAUUCCUGUUCGUCAAGGCAGCAGUCUCACAGAUGGAUCCGGACUGGACAAUGGUAAAAUCUUCACACAGAGUGCCAAGGCGAGACAGAUUCAGGAAUCACAGACUCUGAGCGGUGUGUGGAACAAUUACCUGUUAGGCGGAGAUCGUGACAUUCCGUCCUCGUUGAUCUCAUCCCAGCAGUCGUUCGAGGAUCGCAUGAUAAUCAGUACAAACACUCGCAACAUCGCAGCCCUCGCAGCCAAGAAGAGAACCAAAGUGCACAAGGACAUUUUAAACACGGACAAACAGAUGACGCGAACCCUGUACCGACCGCUUCCCGACAUCAAAGACGAACCCGUCCUGACCCCGAGUAGGCUGGCCAAACACAACCGAACGUUCACAGACUCUUUGGUGCAACCGCCCAGCGAGGACGAACUGUCGUUGGUGUUGUCGGAGAAAGUCAGCGAACACACCGAGGUCAGUCUGCCGCCGAUAACAGGCCUGGAGGAGAAGUAUCGAGCCGCGGUGAAGAAGCCCACGAAGCAAGAAACGGAACUGAAACGCAAGAAGAGAGGUGCAAAAGUGGACAAUAAUUACUCACAACAGUAUGCCAAGAUUGCACCCAAGAAGAAUGGCCCAUCUAACAAUGUAGCGAACAAGAAUGCAGGACGCAGACGUGCAAAACAGGAUAAAUUACCAACAUCAGAUUCCUCAACUGUAAGCACACCACAGACAAAAACUAACGAGAAGAAACCCCUUCCCACAAUUCCAACUUAUCGCAGAGGAGAUAUUGCAGUUACGGGCUUUAGUCUACCGAGAUACUAACCGAACAGACGGUAUAAUCAGCUUAGAUAUGUGAUGCCAUACAAGAAGAAGAAUCACUUCCCAUGGAGCAGAAAUUUCAUUUUCAUACACUUGUUCAAGGCUCACACUGAAACAGUUUUUUAUUUUUUUUAUUUUUUUAUAUAACAAUUCAACUUUAUUAAUAGAAAUUUAAAUGUAUUGAAAAGAAAACGCAUCAAUAAUUUCACAUUAGUACUAGAUUAAUUUAAAAAAAAAAAAAAUUAUACAUUUUUUAUUAGCCCAGAAAUGUUGAUAGUGUCAGGGUCUGGAACAAAUUUUGGUUUAGCCAGUUUUCAGAAAUGUAGAGCAUUCCUUUAAAAAUCAUUAAAAUGUGGUUAAUUUGAGGAAUAUUUUAUUGGCCAAAGUCUAAAUUUUGUACCCAUUUUGUAUAAAAAUUAGCUAUUGAUUUAUUUGGCAAUGUACA